AACACAUCUUCAGACAGAAAAGGACAGUUAGUUCUUUUAAUAGUUAACCCAGUUGGAAGCAAUUUUAUUGAACAUAGGCAGUUUUCAGAUGUCGGGAACAUAUUCACCAUUCAUAUCGAGUUUUGCUUAUGUAACUAAAAAUUACAGUUUAUUCUGAGUAUUGUUAUUGAUAUAUACAAAACCCACUUGCUGACGUUUUACGGGAUAGCCUAUUUCGUUACGUCGAUUCCGUGUUUACUCGAUUUGAUGACGGGUCGAGUUAAACAUUACCCUGAUGCUUUCCCCAGUAAUCGAUUUUAUGAGUCUACAUCGUCGAACAUGGUGGUAGCGACUGAGUAAAACGAGUCGAACCUAAGUUGGUACAAAAGCUGUUACUAUGAGAAAUGGUAUCUAUAAGAUAUUGUAGACUUAUGCUGAAAAUUGUAAUACUUCUUACACAUUGGAGUAUCAUUGAAGCAAACGUCUUCACGAACUACAAAAGUUCGAAGAAUUACACACUUCCAACUCAAGUUGGCGAAGCUGGAAAAACUAUCUCUCUCACCUGCCAAGAUGACUUUUACGUGAGCAUUCCACAAAACAAUAUCGUUGUUGCUUGGAAGAAAAAGCCAAAGUCGGAAAAAUCAUGGAUUCCUUUGCAUCAGAAUGCUCAUAUUUUAAUCACAAACUGCUCUGAAUCACAAAAAAGGCCAAAGGAAUGCUUGGGCAAAAAUGUUUUUUCUGCACUUACAAUUGAAAAGCUAUCUUCAACUGAUGCAGGAAUAUAUGCGUGUUAUGUGAAGACAAAAUGGAAAGAAACUGUUAUUGGAAAAACAAGAUUGAUAGUUGGAUAUCCUCCUGAAGAACCACAAUUGGCAGAAAACCAUUGCAUUUUCAAAUGGGAUGAUGAUUUGAUGACGUGUUGUUGGAAUCCAGGAAAGCAAACAUUUAUUGAAACUAACUUUCAAAUGAAAUAUCAGAUGCAUGGAGACUUAUUGAAAGUCGUAAAUUGCUUGAAAACUGACAAUUCUGAUGUAUGUUGCAAAGUCGAUGUUGAAAAUCGGUUUGAAAAACACAAUAUUUCAUUAGAAGCUUCAAACAACUUUGGAAAAUCAGCGUCAUUGAGCCAUUCUGUCAUUCCAUCGCUACAUGUAAAACCAAAAGUUCCGACAAACCUGUCACUAAAAUCAAAAAUUGUCAACAAUCAGAUGAAUGAUAUUAUAGUGAAGUGGAAGGAACCGAAUAAUGGAUAUAUCAGUGCCUACGUUUACAGAGUUCGGUAUUCUUUAUCGCAACCAAGUCCUAAUUGGAAGAUCGAAUAUGGAAAUUCUGAGACAAUAUAUGUUUUGGAAAAUUUAAAGUCGUCGACUGAGUAUGUGAUUCAAGUAUCAGCCAAACCUGACAAUAUUAAUUCUAUUAUUGAUGGAGUUUGGAGUAGCUGGAGUAAAAGUGCUUCCAUAAAGACGGAUCUUACAGUUCCUUCUAAGAAAUUCACGUUCAAACGACCGAAAACAACAAUUUCAUUUACCGGGAGAAAUUAUUCAACGGAAAUAACUUGGCUUCCCUACGACAAUCAACAUGAAAGUGGAUUCGUUGAUAAAAUAUCAUGUGGAAAGUGCGAAAGCAAUGACGAGGUUGUAUCAGAGCUUCAUAACGCAACACAGUUUGUAUUCCGAACGUAUUUUGGUGAAAUUUGUUGCAGCGGCAGACAUUGUAAUAAUGCUGGUUGUUCUGAAGAAGAUUCAAUGCACAUCAGAAUAGAAAAAGCUCCCCCGACAAUCAAAAACGUUACCAUCAAUAAGAUGAAUGAAACGUAUCUAUUGGCCACAUGGAAUCCUCCGUCAAGAUCUGAAUCUUGUGUAAUUAGAGUUUGCAUACGAAUGAGAUCUUCCGAUUUGAAUCAGACCGAAAUUUUAAAUCCAAUCAAUAAUUGCGGAUGGAAUGGUUUUGAGAUGCUAAAAACUACAGACGUUGAUUGUGCAUUAGGUGCCUUUUCAAUUAUUGAUGAUUGGAGUCCGUGUUUUCUGUACAGCAUCACAUUGGAAAAUCAUCACGAUGAGAUUAUAUCUCAAUCCUAUCCCAGCAACAUUAUAUCCAAUAAUUGGAUACUUAAUAGGAUUGAUCAUUUUCAUUCUACCGAUUUAUCAACAAUCUCUAACUUUCAAUUCGACGUAAUGUGGUCGACUAUACCUUCGAAGAUUUGUGAACAUAUGCAACCGUACCUGAUAUAUCAGCCGACAUCUGGUUCCGAGUGCGCCGAUCUGACCAAAUGUAACACGGAGUUUAUGAAAAAGGUUUGA